ACAGACCCUGAGGACACCAUCCUCGCUGCCUUCAAGCUCUUUGACCCAAACGGCACAGGCUUCGUCAACAAGGAUGAGUCAGUAUCAUUUUAAUCUCUUCCUAGGUUGCCAAACUGUGCAAUGACGUAGAGUAUAAUGUGGAUAGUAGUUUAUUAAUUUGUUCUGUCUUUUUUUUUAGGUUUAGACGAUUACUGAUGAACCAGGCUGAUAAAUUCACAGCAGAUGAGGUUGGUAAUGUCGAACUCCAUCUUACCUACUUAACAAGAAGAAUACAUAAAUAACACAGUUGACAAAUUACUAGAGAGAGAGAGGGAUCGCUCAUUCAAUCAGUAAUGCAGUCCUACAUGGACAGUAGAAUCAAUAUCUGUGCACAUUUAUUUUGAUCCGUUCCCAAUGAUUUGCCUAACCCCACUGUCCUCUCCUGAUUAAAUCCUCAGGUGGAUCAGGCCUUCUCUGUGGCUCCAAUUGACGUGGCCGGCAACAUCGACUACAAGUCACUGUGUUACAUCAUCACACACGGAGACGAGAAGGAGGAGUCC